CUUCUGAUUCUUUUUAAUUUUGGUGAUGACCUCCUGAACACGUUUACACAAGCUCUCUAUGUAGUGCAGCAGCCUUGCAUAUGUUGUCCAAGAGCGAACAUGAAUUACUCCUUUUCGCGCCACUACAAACAUCGAUCUCCCAUCAACACUCGUAUCCUCACCCUCAUGUUGCUCGCUUCCUCUACUCAUUCAUUUCUUAGACGCUUUGCCGAAGACUACGGUGUGUUAUUACCCGAAACAAACUUCUUUGCACCGUCCAACUUCCAACACAUAUAUAUCACCAGUGCAGUCCUACGGUGGUAUUCAGAAAUAAAUAAAUAAUUCAUCUAUCGUACCCCGGUACAACGUUUUGUCCAAAGUAAGGAACCAAGGGCCGCACAGUAUGAUACGGCGAUUCACAUAAGUAAAACACCACUCUGCCCCAAAGUACAAAACGUGGGUCAGUACUUGGGUAUCCCGUCAUAAAUUACUCGGAGAAGAACAUGCGACAACAACCUGGUACAUCCUUAGUACGAUACCUCGGGAUCACAGGUAAAUCAUCAACCGAUCGCGUCCGGGGAACCCGGUCAAAUUUACUCAGGGGCCUCCGAGUUUUAAACAGCGCACACCUUCCAGGUGUUUUCCCUUAGAGUAUCCCACCGUAAGAUACUCCGGUCCUUGGGUUUCCUGAUGUUUUUUUUUACCGUGAUUUACUUCUCACUGUGACUAUUUUUUAACGAAAAGCUGCCUAAUAGUAAAUAC